AUGACUGCCCAGGUCACUCCUUCCAAGCAGGCUGCUUCCGCCAUUGAGGGACUUAAGAUGGAAUCCCCCGUCAAGAAGCUCAACUUUUCCGCCUCCGACAAGGAGAACGCACCCUUCGACGCCGACCUUGCCACCCUCGAGGCAGAGAUUGACGCCAACACAACCAUGAAGAAGAAGGAGACAAGCGCCGCGGUGGCUCCCACCAUCAAGGCCGACGAGGCCGAUGAGCCCCUCCUCCAGGAGAACCCGCAACGCUUCGUGCUGUUCCCCAUCAAGUAUCACGAGAUCUGGCAGAUGUACAAGAAGGCCGAGGCUUCCUUCUGGACCGCCGAGGAGAUCGACCUCUCCAAGGACCUCCACGACUGGAACAACAAGAUCAACGACGAUGAGAAGUACUUCAUCUCUCACAUCCUCGCCUUCUUCGCCGCGUCAGACGGCAUUGUCAACGAGAACCUGGUCGAGCGUUUCAGCGGCGAGGUUCAAGUCCCGGAGGCUCGCUGCUUCUACGGCUUCCAGAUCAUGAUGGAGAACAUCCACUCCGAGACCUACUCUCUGCUCAUCGACACCUACAUCAAGGAGCCUGCCCAGCGCACCCACCUGUUCAAUGCCAUUGACACCAUCCCGGCCAUCCGCAAGAAGGCCGACUGGGCCCUCCGGUGGAUCACUGACCAAAAGUCCACCUUCGCUCAGCGCCUGGUCGCGUUCGCUGCUGUUGAGGGUAUCUUCUUCAGCGGUGCUUUCGCGUCCAUCUUCUGGCUCAAGAAGCGCGGGCUCAUGCCCGGCCUGACCUUCUCCAACGAGCUCAUCUCGCGUGACGAGGGUCUCCACACCGACUUUGCCUGCCUGCUGUUCUCGCACCUCAACAACCGCCCCAGCAAGCAGAUCAUUGAGGACAUCAUCGUCGAUGCCGUCCGCAUCGAGCAGGAGUUCCUCACCGAGGCCCUGCCGUGCGCUCUGCUCGGCAUGAACUCCAACCUGAUGAAGCAGUACAUUGAGUUCGUCGCCGACCGCCUGCUCGUCGCCCUUGGCAAUGAGAAGGUGUACCGGUCGACGAACCCCUUCGACUUCAUGGAGAACAUCUCGCUUGGCGGCAAGACCAACUUCUUCGAGAAGCGUGUCGGCGAGUACCAGAAGGCCGGCGUCAUGGCCAGCACCAAGAAGCCCCAGGAGGAUGUGGAGGAGGCGAAGGGCGAGAACGGUGGCGACUUCACUUUCGAUGACGACUUCUAA